CCUGUACCACCCCCAUGGGGGUGGAAGGGUUGGGAGGCAGUGGUCGCGAAGCUCCCGACCGCACUCCCUCCCGCUGCCUGGUUGCCUCGGUGAUUGGAGGCAGUCGUUUGCCCUGUACAGGUGGCGGAGUUUGCAGACCCGGCUCUUUCCAGGCCGGCGGCCCGGCCCGCCUACCCUCACCCUCCCUUUCGUGGCCGGGUGGUUGCCUCCGGGCGAGGCCGGACGAGCAGAGGCAAGUGCCAGGCGAAGAUGGCGUUUCCCGGGCAGCCGGCGCCCGGCGGCGGUUUCUACCAGGGCGGGUAUGGAGGAGCUCCAGGAGGACCAGCCUUCCCUGGACAAGCUCAGGAUCCUUUGUAUGGCUAUUUUGCUACAGUAGCAGGGCAGCUUUCAACCUGGAGACUUGCAGACUUAUGAUCUCAAUGUUGGAUAGAGAUAUGUCUGGCACGCUGGGAUUUAAUGAAUUUAAAGAACUCUGGGCUGUGGUUAAUGGCUGGAAGCAACACUUCCUAAGUUUUGACAACGAUAGAAGUGGUACAGUGGAUCGUCAAGAGCUGGAGAAAGCCUUGAUGAAUAUGGGAUUCAGACUGAGCCCACAGGCAGUGACUGCAAUCACAAAGCGGUACAGCACUCAAGGCAAGAUUACCUUUGAUGAUUACAUCGCCUGCUGUGUGAAACUCAGAGCUCUCACUGAAUGUUUUAGAAGAAGGGAUGCAUCUCAGCAGGGUUUUGUGAACUUCCAAUAUGAUGAUUUCAUACAGUGUGUUAUGAGCAUCUAAAUGAAAAGGAAGCAAGCAGCAGGUGACCGUGAUUAACAUUCCAGUUUGUUUUGCUUUGCCAAACCUUCCUGUGACUGUGUAUCUCAAUAUUGGAAAGCACAUAUUUUAUGAAGGCAUCGCUUCACACACUUGUGUUUUCUUACUUUGGACAAUGAGUAUCGAAUGCUUAUGUGCUGUUGUCUUUAACUUCCAACCUGGGACUAAUUAAAAGACGGUUUUAUUUUCUUAACUUGCAAUUCACUAAGUACAACUCAAAUGAUGCAGGCAGCUUUUCUGUUCUCAUGUGAUUCACUGAAACCAGUUCCUGGAGAGAACUUUCCUUUUUCUGUCUUUAUCAUGUGUAUGAUGUAAGACAAUACAUGACUCUGAUAGCAUAAGACACGUGUACAAACUGAAAGAGCUUUGGGCAUGAUCAUUUUACACUGGAGGGGCUUUUGUUCCAGUCAGAUUCUUGCUGUCUUUGUGUCACUAUAUAAAACACUUUUAACCAUAUCAAAACUAUGCUGUGUCAGUUCAUGUAUAAGCUUUCCCUUUAGCAAUGGACUUUGGUUGCAUGUAAAGUACAGUUCUAUCUAUUUAUCUACCUACAAAUGAAAGCUUGGAUUGAAAA